UCUGUCAUUUCCGGAAACACCGGAAGUACGUAAUUGAACGAUUGAGUUCAUUGUUUUUACUUGGAUCUCCAGUGUCACAUUAUCAGUUAACGGUUUACAGUAAGUAGACCAUGAGUCUGCCAGCUGCCCCACCCAGCUAUGCUGAAGCUACAGCAGGAGAUAAAGAACAUGGAGCUGAUAGCUUCACUUACGCUUCCCAGCUGCCCCCAAUGCAACCACCAACCAUGCCCAUGCACCCCAGCUGGGCUUAUGUGCAUCCCGGCCCUAGUCCAGGAUAUUCCAACGCUUAUGCUGCAGACAUGUCCUCACCCUUCUCUGAUCCGAGCUCCAGCAGCAGCUUCGAUGGCCUGAGUGGAAGCAACUGGGAGGACAAGAAUGUCCGCCGCAUGUUCAUCAGGAAGGUCUUCUGUAUCCUCAUGGUUCAGCUCAUGGUCACAUUUAGUGUGGUGUCACUCUUCACAUUUUGUGAGCCGGUCCGGAAGUUUGUACAGUACAACCGGGUUUUCUAUCUGACUUCAUACAUGACUUUCAUGGGAACAUACCUGAUGCUUGUGUGCAGCACAAACGCACGACGAAGAUACCCAACCAAUAUGAUCCUUCUAGCCAUUUUUACUUUGGCAAUGUCCUAUAUGGCUGGCAUGCUCGCCAGCUACCAUAAUACCAAAGUGGUGAUGUUGAGUGUGGGCAUCACAGCACUGGUGUGUCUGGCCAUCACACUCUUCUGUUUCCAGUCCAGGGUUGACUUCACCACCUGUCACGGAUUACUUUUCUCUCUUAUGAUGGUGCUGAUGAUAACAGGGCUUCUGCUGUUCUUUACUGCACCAUUUGGAUAUAUCCCCUGGUUGCACACUGCUUAUGCUGGAUUUGGCGCUCUGGUUUUCACCCUGUUCCUGGCGUUUGACAUGCAGCUGUUGAUUGGCAACAGACGGUACUCUCUGAACCCAGAGGAGCAUGUGUUUGGAGCCAUCUGCCUCUACAUGGAUGUGGUCUACAUAUUCCUCUUUUUCCUUCAGCUCUUUGGGAGUCGAGAAUGAGGUGUUCAUGCUAUGCCUGGGCUUGAGCCUUUGUCCUCUGUUACACACAUACACAAAUACACACACACACACACACCCACCCUUCUCAGUUACUCCAAGGUUUGGUGAGGAGUGAACAGUCUUCCUUCAUUCUGUGUGGCAGUGGAAGUUUGAUGUGUGCUGUUAUUUUCCUUCUGUUCAUGGUUAGGCAGCUCUUUGCACACCUAGUAUGCACCUUUGCUGCAAGAUAACCAUACUACCAAUCUGAUUUACUCAUGCAGGGUAGACAAUCACUGCACAUCAUUGUUUGUGAUAUCACUUAAAGUGAAUUGAAAUGCCCUAGGUCAUCUGCUCUAUAAUAAGUAAAAAAAAAUCAGUGUUUUUGAGUGUGAUUUAGUGGGGAAUAUAGUGACAGUACUUGUCAAUGGUUAUUAUCCCUUCGUUUGCACGUUGUAUAGUUGAAAAUGAAUCUUAAACCUUGCUGACACUAAAUGUGUAAUGGUCUUUUCAAAAUCAGCAACAUUGUGCAGUAAAAUUAUACCAGAGCUAGAGAGGCCCGUAUGUGACACUUUGUUUUUUCGUCUGUGCAAUAAUCUGCUCUUGAAUGGGGGUCUGAAGCUGGACCUUACAGGAACUUGUUGCGGUCAGUAAAUAUUUUUGUGCCUCUGAAUGCUGGCUACUAAUGAGGUUUCAGUCGUGUUGAAUGGAGCCAGUGCAGAUUUAUAAAAAAAUAUAUUGUGUGCCAAAUAUAACAUCCUUAGAUGAUGGCACUUGGUCCAAGUCCAACAGGUCAGUUGUGAGGUCUGCAAUAUACGUCUAUAAAUUCCCUGGUAGAUUAACCCGUAUGUGUGUGAUGCUUGGGAGUUUUUCCUCAAUUUUAAUUACUUUUAUUCACCUUUAAGUAAAAUGUAAAAUGUUUUAGAUACUGAUUUAUCAGGUGCUGACUUAUUUGAAAAGAGACGACUUGUUACAUUCAGAAGAGACAAAAGAUGAUCUACUGUACUUUAUGGUUGGUUUCAAGUUCAUAGGGCUAAUUUUCCAUGGGCUUUAAUAUACCUCUCUUGUCUCUUAUGGACGUAUAGAUUUAAGAGCGUGUUAACAUUUUAACUUGGGAAAACAUUCCUUAAUUGUGAAAACUUAAAUAGGUUUUAAUGUCAUUCGACAUUCCUCUUUGCUUGCGUUUUGUACUGUUUCUGUAAACUACACAUUCAUCUUUUUGAUGGAUAGAUGUUUUAUUUGUCGCAGUGGAUUAUAAGAGAUUACUUUAUUUCUCGAUUAAAGGAUAUGCUAACCUACGUUAUUAGUAUUCAAAUAAAUGGCAGUUUAAAGAACACUCAUUUAUGUUUUGCUUUUAGAUGGACGUUUUACAUUUGUAACUUUGUUCCCGUUUAAGAUGAAAUGUAUAAAGGCUUUACAGACAGCUUAAUUUAUAGCUUUUUUUUUUCAGAGGAAAGAUUGAAAUAUUAGGUGAUUUGUAUAAUUUUGUUUUGUGAAGUUAUUAUUGUGAAUAUUACGUGAGAGUGACUGUGUAUGGAUCACCCUAUGCCUUUCCUAUCUCUCUCUUUCUGUGCACUUCUGUAUCUACAAAUUAAUAUGUUUAACCUAAAAUUAUUGCAUGGACUGUGAUACAGAGACCCGCUGUGUGCUAACCUAGAACUGAAAAGACAUUAUUACAAAGCAUUCCCUCUUUUUCCUGUUAAAAAACUAAUGGCCAGUGGGUCAAAACAGGAUAUUGUGUUGUUUUGUAACCUCAUUUGUGCUUUAGUAAAAUAAAUAAACAGAACAGUAAAUCUUAAA